ACGCACUGCUGUCGUAUUGCCACCUGUUGACCUUUACAGCAAAUAUUCUGUAGUUUACGAAAACAGAAAUAAUCAUGUUUUACCGCCAAAGAUGGGUAACCGCAGGGGUGCUUUUAGCAACAGUUUCUUCUUUGUUUUGGCUCGUUGGUGGACAGUCAGAUCUUACUAUGGAAAGUACGGGUAAAUAUGCCAUUGAAUCCGCUAUUGGCAGAUUGAGCCGAGCCCGGAUAUUUAACGAUGACCACGAAUUCAUGAGACGUGUUGCUUGGAUUGAAACGAGGGACGGUGGUGACCCGAAAACAUUCCGCACUGGAUAUUAUGGUGGAAUAUGGCAGGUGGACGCUGACGUGUUUUUCAAUACUCAAACUGACCCGGUAGCGAUUUCCGUGUGGCAACCUCGAAUCGCUAGCAAAUUGAACAUAAGCUGGCCGGACGUUCUGUGGAAGGACCUGCGCAAGCCAUUUUACUCCUUGCUAGCCGCCCGACUCCAGCUUCAAAUCCAAACGCAGCCCGGCGAGUGUAAGCGACCUAUUCCCAAUUCCCUGCCUGACCAAGCGACGUUCUACUUGCGCUGCUACCAUACAUCAUCCUCCAACCAGAUCAGCCUUUCUAUGCAGAUGGGAGCAGUUCGCAAUCCGAACAGUUUUAUUUUGGCCAUCACUGAAUGUAGAAAAGCAAUGUCGUGCACAAGCGGCGGACCGACAUAAUCGAGAAGCCAAUGGAAAUUCCAAGCCAAGCCAAUGGCAAUAAAGUUCAAAGCUGCCUGCUUCUUCCAUUCUAAUUUCAUAUUAAGCAUUUCAAGACAAUUUAAGUUAAUGUGUAUAUAAAAUAAUUCUAAUGUCUGCUUGAAUAUUUUUGUAGUCGAUAUACGUACAGUGACGUAUAUAUAUAUAUAUAUAUAUAUAUAUAUAUGAAAUAUCAUAGUUAUUUUGUUGACUGCAAUAUUUUAUGUGUGCUUGAAUGACCGAUACGUAGAUCGUGUCGGCGUUAUCGAUCGAACCGCCUGCAUUUUUUAUAGAAUGCCUGCAUGAUGACGUGGCGUAUUGCGAAAUAUUUCAGUUUUUGGUAGGUCAGUUUGAUGACCGCUUGAUUAAUGCCACUAAUUGUCAAUGGUUUAAA